AUGGACCUCGCGUACGACCUCAUUACCGAACAAGAAUUCAACCCUCACGAUCGCGCCGCGACCCCUACUCCAUCGACCUCCGGUGCCACGCAACCAGGCGGAGGCGAGCCUGCGACGCCGAAAGCGACACUGCAGACGGAGUUUCAGGAGACGUUCAAGGCAUUCAGCAACUCGGCAUGGGGUGCUCGACUGGGCGGUAUCUGGGGCAAUGUCAGAAAACAGGGAGAGAGCGUAUAUGAGGAGGCACGCAAAGAGGCGGCCGAAAUGGCCAAUGAGGUUGGAUCGUUAAGAACAAAAGUGGUUGGCCUUGCGUCCAAUGCCCCCAGACUUUCUGUCUCGUUGUCUGAUGAGGAGGCCGCGGGAGCGAACGUGGACAAGGCCGGCAAACAGGGCCCAGAAGGUGAACAGAGCAGCGAGGACAAAGACAGAGCCACUCAAGAGACGGAGACGUUCCUGGAACGCUUCAAGCACGAGGCUGCGAAACGGCUGAAGGAGGUGCAACAUGCCGAAGACGCCGCAGACGAGGCGUUGCUGCGGUUUGGCACAAACAUCCGCAACUUCUUGAGGGACGCGGUGAGCGUGACGGCGCCGGAAGAGGGCGAAGACGGACACGGACAGCCUGGCGAGGUGCUCUUCGAGAGUAGGGAUCAGAGUGGCCGCAGGGUGAUCCACACCAGUCGGUUCGAUGCACAGUUGCACGUCAUUCACACCACGCUGGAGAGCUUCACACGGGAUCCCAGUACUAGUGGCGGUCAGUGGGAGGAGUUUAAGAACGGGUUUGACACCGGAAGUCCGGAAACCACCGGCAGGAUUGCAGCGGAUCUGGACAAGUAUCCUGAGUUGAGACGCAGCAUGGAAAAGGUCGUGCCGGAACAAGUGGAGUACAAGGACUUCUGGCCCCGGUAUUACUUCCUGAGGCACGUGGUCGAGGUGCAAGAAGAGAAGAGGAGGGAGUUGCUGAAAGCAUCGGCAAACGAAACCGAAGAAGUCAGCUGGGAUGAGGACUCUGAUGACGACCAAGCAGAGAGGCAACCCAAGACACAAGCAACACAGCCCGAGGCACCGAAGGUCCUCGUCGCCCAGAACACGAACGACAGUUCGACCACGCUGCAUCAGACGCCCCCCGCCCACGAUACAGGGUCAUUGAAGCCAGACGGCUCCGGGCGCCGCUCACACGACGAGAAGUCCGUGGCGGACAGCGACGCCAGCUAUGACCUUGUCAGUGGAGCCACGAGUCGUGCGCCAGGGAGUCCCAAGGAGGAAGUGGGCGGAGGAGCAAAGGGUGCUGGUAUCGGUGCUGACAGGAUCGACGAGAGUGACGAGGAGGAUUGGGAGUAA